UUAAAUUCAUGAACCCAGGAUCAAGAGUUGCAUGCUCUACCGACUGAGCCAGCCAGGCACCCCAAGCAUGCAACCGUUGAUCUCCAGGUUGUGAGGUUGAGCCCCACAUUGGGUGUAAAGAUACCUUAAAAAUUAAAAUAAAUAAAUAAAUAAAUAAAUAAAUAAAUAAAUAAAUAAAUAAAUAAAUAAAGGCACCUGGGUGGCUGAGUUGGUUAAGUGGCUUAGGCCGUGAUCUCACGGUUUGUGGGUUCAAGCCCUGCAUUGGGCUCUCUGCUGUCAUUGCAGAGCCCACUUUGUAUCCUCUGUCCCCCUUUUUCUCUAUACCUCCCCCGUCUCAAAAAUAAACAUUUAAAAUAGAGAAAGAGAAGAGAAAAUAAAUGAGAAAAGAAAGAAAAUAGUAUUUGUUUUGCAGUGAGCCAUCGUAGAGUUAGUACAUACCCCGAGCAGUGACAGUGGCACCACCAAGCUCCUCUCCUGGAGUUCAGCAUCUCUGCAUCAAGCCACCAUAGUUUUGAACUGUGUCUUAGGUAAUGCAUCUGUGUUUUAUCUUGAUUUAUUUUUGUGUAUCCAUUAGCAAGAUUUGUCCUAAGGUAUCAGAAAAGCCUAAAAGUGGGGGAUUUUUUUUUGGUCUGGGAACACCCAAAAAUGUUUCCAUAUAAAUUAAUGGGAAUUGCUUUUUUGCUUUUAGCCUUUUCAGUUUACAAAAGGUUUCCUGGGAAGGCUCUACUUUCUAAUAGCAGAUGAAACCUGUAGGUGCACCUGAUAUCUGGAUAAGGAGAGCUUAGGAGUAAUGUAAUUUCACAAAGGGAAAUGUCUAAGUUUAAGAAAUAAAACUGCCUCUGUGUCAACCACCAUAAAAUACAGUUUAAUAUACUAGGAAAAGCAAAGAAAUAAAUGGGUUAAUAGUCUUUAUGUGUGAAACACACUCAUACAAAUGAAUAAUUCCUAAAUAUACAAGCUUAGAAAUAUGGGUGGUUAAUAAACACUUUAGAAAGUGGUUGGCUUCACUAGGUAGCUCUGAAAUAAAACACUGAAUUAAAUUAAAAGUAAAAGUAAAAGAUGGGAUUUGAGGAGGGCAUUUGUUGGGAUGAGCACUGGGUGUUGUAUGUAAGCGAUAAAUCACGGGAAUCUACCCCCAAAAUCAAGAGCACACUGUAUACACUGUAUGUUAGGCAACUUGACAGUAAAUUAUACUAAAAAAAAAAGUAGUAUAUUAUUUUUUGUCUCAAGACCUUUGCCCGUAGUAUUAAGUCCUUUGCAUGGCUGACCUCCCUAUCCUUUAAGACUCAGUGUGUUGCACCAUCUCAGUGAACCCUUUUUGAAUUACUUAGUAAAUGAGUUUUUCCCUGUAUCUUGACACCCUGCUGAUUUCCUUCAUUGCACUUCACCUUUCAGAAUCGUUUACUGCCUUUCUCCUUCAGUAGACUCUGCUCUGAGAGGAGAAUAAGAAUGCCAUCUAAAAAGUGUUCAAUAAAUGUUAAAUAAAAAAAGUAAAUGAAAGUAAUAGAGUGACAUGCCAUUUUUGGUAUCUAGUUUGCUGACAUUUUUGAGGAAAAAUAUGUGAGACAAGAUUAGGUAUGUACAGUCAUUGUGCUGCUUGGUAAAUCAGUGUUACCUCUCAGAAUGGAAAUUUUGUAAAAGGUAACAGCCUUAAAUAUUCAUGCCUUUUGACCAAGUAAUUUUAUUUCUUGGAAACUGUUCUAAAGAAAUCAUCUCUGCCAGAGGAUGGGGAAGCUUUCUUCCUAACUCUUCCUAUAGUCAGUGGUAUUCCUUCCUAAGAAAAGUAGAUAAAAAUUUAAUUAGGCCACGUCUUAGAGUUGUCUUCUUUUUCUGUGCCCCUCAUUGAGUAAGUUAUGCAAAGGACUCUUUCCUUGGCUGGCUGAGUAAUCUUACAUUCUAUAUUCUCACAAAAGUCUUUAAGAGUUCUUACUGCUUGAGGCACCUCAUUGUGCUCUUGGUAAAUUUGAAUUUGGCCUUUGGGGGAGGCAGAGGCCCUGUUUAGGCCCUGAGUGAAAGGGUAGUACCCUAAUCCAGUUUACCAAAGAACCUUGCUUUGGGGUACCUAGCAGUAAUCCAGCUAAAAGUGGUACUUUGAUUUUGCUUUUGGUGACUUCCCCCUAUUCUCCCAUCCCUCUAUGUGCUGUCCCUGCUGGAUACCCAACUACUUCUGUAUUGUGUGUGUGCUUGUGCACACAGGGCAUUUGUGUAUUCCUGGGUUUUUUAGCUUAGUGCUUCCCUUCUUCAUGUCCUUCUUCAUGUCCAUACAGAAAUAUUUUAGGACCAACAGGGAUAAUGGAGAGGUCUUUAUGUUCAUUGUUGUUCAGAUAUAGGUCACAAUCCAUUAGUGAACUCAAUCAAGUGGGCCUGCAACUAUCAUUAAAAUAAAUGAAGAUAACAGAAUACAUUAUUUAUAGUUGGAAGAAUUAUGAGUAUGUAUUUGUAAUCCUGCAGUAUGAAAUGUAUUUUUUAUGUGGGUCACUGUCAAACUUUGAAAGCUAUUUGUUCUAGCCAAAUAUCAAUUAAUGAUGCCCAAACAUCUCUUUUGUUUCUUCAUUCUUAAAUGGGGCAAGAUUUAUGAACAGAGAUUCAGGCUUAAAAUUGUAAAAUUUGAAGAAUGAUCCAUUCAGGAGACUGGCUAAAUAAAGUAUGAUGACUUGUCCUUUCAGGUUAUUUUUUCUCCAGUUGGUAUUCUUUUCUUUCUUUUUUUUAGGGUUUGCAGUGAAGGUCCAAAGGUUAGCAAUAGCUUUCUUAAUUCUUGUAGAAUCAAUGGAGCCUUAAGGAAUAAUUAGUGUACCAUAAUAUACUGGUAACAGCACAGAGGAAACAUAAUGGAGCCCCAGUUCUGUGACAGCCUUGGACAGCGUUCUUAACUCCUUUAUAUCUGUUUACCCAUCUAUAAAAUGGAGCUAAUAGUGCAUUUCUAUUGUAAGGUUGCCCUGAGUAGGAUAUACAGUAAUGCAUGCAAUGCUCAGCUGGGUGCUUGGACUCCCAAUGAGUAGAAUAACUUCCAGGCUGUUUUGCCUUGGACAUUAUUGAAUGUCUGUCUUUGUGCCUUAGUUUCUCCUUCAGCUCACAUUUCAGCAAAUAUUAUUAGAUGCUUCUUUGGAAGAUGUAAAAACUUGUUUAAUUACUUCACAGGAAUUUGAGACCAUUAAAGUGAGAAAAUAAUGAAUGUAAAAAGUAUUGCACAAAUUUGGAUGGUAUUAAUUCCAGUAGUAGCAAUAAUAGGAAACCUGUUUGCACUGCAUUUGAGCUGAUUAAUAUCUGUAUGUCCAAAGAAGUAAAAUCUGCAGUUGAUUUAGAUGGGAAUAAAUAGAUACUUUCAGUUCUCUAAAAGCACCAAUCUCUUCUGCCUUAGGACCUUCAGUUACUUCUUUUGCUUGAAAUAUACUUCUCUAUCUCCACGCCUCAUGUCUGUGUAUCUAGUUCCUCCUUAUCAGCUGAAAGAAUCCCACUUUAGAAAGGCCUUCCCUGACCAUCUAGUCUGAGUAGCUUCUUAGUUGUUUUUUCAAAAAUCACUUUAAGGGGUUCCUGGGUGGCUCAGCCGGUUAAGCAUCCGACUUCAGCUCAGGUCAUGAUCUCAUGGUUGGUGAGUUCAAGCCCUGCGUUGGGCUGUCUGCUGACAGCACGGAGACUGGAGCCUACUUUGUCUCCCUCUCUCUUUUACCCUUCCCUGCUCACGCCGUCUUUGUCUUUCUCAAAAAUAAACAUUUUUUUAAAAAUCACUUUAAAAAAUCAGUACAUUAAUUUACAACUUGGUUCUCGAUUUUGUUUUCUGUUUCCCUUCUCACCAGCUAGGAUGUAAGCCUUGAGCAAGGACAUUGCAUGUGUUGUGUAUUAUUUUUUCUCCUGCACCUAGAUCAGUGAUUAACAAAAUAAAUACUUGUUGAAUGUUUGAAGAUAGUGUAAAGAAUGAAAAUUAUCUAUAAUUGUACUUCUUAGAGAUAAGUAACCAUUGUUGACACUAUAUAGUUUUCUAGUUUUAUUUUCUAUGUGUGUGCUUACAUAUUUAUAAGUGCCUAUGAUUAUAUGUUAAACCAUAUUUCACUGUGUGUAAAGAUGAACAUGUUUUACUGAUGUCUCAAUUUGGGGUGUCAUAUAAUCAGGGCUAUGCCAUGAUGUAAUUGUCAGCAUUUUCAUUUUCAGUGGCACAUAAAAUGAGGAUGUGUCUUAUAGUAUCUUAGAUUUGAUGAAACACAGUAUAUAUUUGAAACAAAUGAGAUUAUGACAUUCAACUCUUUCCCCACCUAAAUAUCUUGAGCAUUUUCCCAUAUCACUAUGUUUAGACCUAUCUCAUUAUUAACAUAUACUUAGCAUAUUAUUAUGGGUGUAUCAUAAAUUGUUCAGCCAGUUUCUCUUGUGGACAUUUGGAGCUUCUCCAACUUUUUUGUGUGUGUUACAAACAGUGCUAUGUUGGAUAUACUUGCACAUAUGUUUAUGCACUCGACUGGAAUUUCUUUUGAUAAAAUACUUAGAUCAGUGAGUAUACAUAUUUUCUGUAGUGUACAAGAAUGCCUGUUUCCCUGUAUCCUCAGUAGUACUUCAUCUUAGGAAAUUUAAAAAAUUUGUGUUAAUCAGAUUAGUAAAAAAUAUCCUAAUGUUGUAUAUCAUUGAAUUAUGAAUGAGAUUGAGACUCUUUUAGUGUUAAUGAGGUGUUUUUAUUUUCUCUCCUGUGACGCACUGUGCAUAGAACAGUAGACCUUUAAUUGGUUGGCACAUUUGCUGCAAUUAGAAAAAGAAGUCAUCACAGUUUGGAGCCAUGCAUUAUCAUAUAAAUUCUUUGGAACAACUUUAAGGGCAGAGCCUACCCUUGUGGAGGGCAAGAGAGCUUUAUAAGGACUGAAAAUUGGAGGAGAGACAAAUUCAGGAAUAAUCAGAAUCUUUGUAAUGGAGACCAAAAAGGGGCUACUAGCAGAAGAUGGUGGAUCGCUUGGCAAACAGUGAAGCAAAUACUAGACGUAUAAAUAUAGUAGAAAACUGUUUUGGAGCAGCUGGUCAACCCUUAACUAUACCAGGAAGGGUUCUUAUUGGAGAAGGAGUAUUGACUAAGUUGUGCAGAAAAAAGCCCAAAGCAAGGCAAUUUUUCUUAUUUAAUGAUAUUCUUGUAUAUGGCAAUAUUGUCAUCCAGAAGAAAAAAUAUAACAAACAACAUAUUAUUCCCCUGGAAAAUGUCACUAUUGAUUCCAUCAAAGAUGAGGGAGACUUAAGGAAUGGAUGGCUUAUCAAGACACCAACUAAAUCAUUUGCAGUUUAUGCUGCCACUGCCACUGAGAAAUCAGAAUGGAUGAAUCACAUAAAUAAAUGUGUUACUGACUUACUCUCCAAAAGUGGGAAGACACCCAGUAAUGAACAUGCUGCUGUCUGGGUUCCUGACUCUGAGGCAACUGUAUGUAUGCGUUGUCAGAAAGCAAAAUUCACACCUGUUAAUCGUCGUCACCAUUGCCGCAAAUGUGGUUUUGUUGUCUGUGGGCCCUGCUCUGAAAAGAGAUUUCUUCUUCCAAGCCAGUCCUCUAAGCCUGUGCGGAUUUGUGACUUCUGCUAUGACCUGCUUUCCACCGGGGACAUGGCCACGUGCCAGCCUACUAGAUCAGACUCUUACAGUCAAUCAUUGAAGUCUCCUUUAAAUGAUGUAUCUGAUGAUGAUGAUGAUGAUGAUAGCAGUGACUAAGGACCUAUUUUGAAAUAUUUAAUUGGGUGUGACUACCUGAGAAAUCAGCUCUGGGAGAACAUAGAAUUCUGAGCUUUCUCUCAGUUUUGCUCUAGCCGUGAAUUUGCCUGAGAAUCUUUUAACCUAUGUGCCUCGAUAUAUUCUAUAGAAAAUAGGUCCUGUCAUUUUGUCCCCCCACCCCCACCCUCACCCAACUCCCCGCUCUUCUACAGGGAUAGACUUUUGCAAAUCUACCAGAUAAAUUUUUGGUUUCUUAUUCUUGUUUAAUUUUAGAUUAUUUUGUUGGAAGGUUGAGAAAAGAUUUUUUUUUAACAGAUCAUGUAUUACAUUGAUGUUUACUAUAUGUUCUGUUAUAUGGAAAUACUAAAAGCAAAAAAUGAUGGAAAAAGUUGUAUAACGCAGUUAGCUAAUAUUAUUAGCUUUUUUCCUAACCAUUCUAUGUAAUGGUUAAGACACCAGUAACAAAAAAACAUGAUUUGAAAAUACUUUGUUCGGCUUUUUCGUAUACCAAGUGGUGCCUUAUCAUAAUAGCACUGUUAAAUGAAAUAAGCCCCUACCUUCUCACUUUUAGUUUGUUUUGAAAAUACACUGGUGCUCUUUGAGGUGAUAAAAUGAGCAUUUAUGAAUGGGUAUAAUUAGAAAAUACUUCUCAUCUGCAAGCUACAAAUAACUAAAUUUAGAGCUUCUUCAUUCUAUAUGAAUAUUUUUCCAUAAAAUAGUUGUGAUUAUAUUUUUAUGUUUUAUAGGUACCAAAUUGUCAAAUAUAUAUUUUAAAUUAAUAGGUUGUCAUUCUUAGGGAUUUGAUUUGAAAUUUAUCAAAUACAGAAUUGUCACACUGCAUUAGUUUCUACUUUUAGUAAAGCGUAUUUGUAGGUAUAAAUUCAUCUGCUUUAACAUUAUUUCUAGAAUGAAAAAUCUUACAGAACUUUUGAAAUUAAACAAUCUCUUUAAAAAAAAAUCCCACGAUAGAGCAUAGAUCUACUUGGGUUGAAGACUUGGAAGAAAUAAUGUGUAAGAAUGAUGAAGACGGACCAGUUAAGUUUGACUAGACUUAUAUUGGUGGAAGUAUUGUCUAUUUCAGUGUGAAACUAUCUUGAAUUUGCAAAUAUAGUGUUAUAUUUUAUAAAGUUUUGUAAAGUCCCAAAUGAUACUUCUAUUUUUGUAAAACAAUUAUAUGUUAAUCUGUUUCUGAAAUCAUUUUGCAGUCUAUAGAAAUAGAGUAGCAGUUGAUCUUUCUAAAUUGUAAACUUCAUUGAGUCAGCCUAGAUUGCUUUUGAGAAUUAGUAAUUUUUCACUUUUUGCUUUUGAGGCAGCCAUUUAGGUUGAAAGUAUAUUUAUCAUAUAAAACUUGAUGCAUUUUGCACUAUUCUCUCCAUUUGUAUGCUGCAAAUAACUACAGUCUUUCAAAUAUGAAGAAAUCAGCCUAAAGUUUAUUUUAAAUUCCAAACUUCUGUGUUUUUAAAUAUUUAAAUCUGGAUAUAUUGCAGAUGUCAUGACUGUUUGAUUCAGUAAUGUGAUGGAGAAUUUUUGGGUUUGGUUAAGGCACUAACUUUACUGUUAGAUUGUGAAAGCAUCUGAGAUACAUAGAUUUCCCUGUAGGAAAUGUGAAACAAAGCCACAACAGUUUUUUUUGUUUGUUUUAAUAUCAUAUGGACAUUUGUUUCCAAGCAAUAUAUACAGUAUAAUUGCAGUAUAAUUAAUCAACAUAUCUCAAAAAGACCAUGAAGCCUGAGAAGUGCUAAUGGAGACUUUCUGGUACAUAGGAACCCAGCAAAUUCAAGAACCAAGGGGAAAUCUGGGAUGACAUUUGCAUUGUCAACCUUUGUUGACUCUGUUUUUACAAUAAAAAAUAUUUUACAACUUAA